UCAUGGGUGUGGCACAUUUUUUACCUGUAUUGGUCAUUCUUUUAUUGACUAUUUGCAUUUCUUCUCCCUUCGAAUCAUGCGCACGUGUUAUGUUAAUUUUCGCAUCAGGUCAUUUUUUGCUAAUUCACGUGGCUGCAACACUGUUUCUUCAGUGGAAGCUCCCGGAGAGGGCUGCACCUUCUUUCUUUCUGUAUUUCCAUGCUGAUAUUUAGCUCGUGAAAUGACUAGAGAAUCUGAACUCAUUCUCCUAACCGCCUAGCUCCUUUUCCAUUACUGCUUUUAUUUCACUAAUAACUUUAUGGUUUCUGUCGUGCUCAUAAGGACCGACCACACAAAUGAUAAUAGUACAACCGAGACUGUCAUCCAGAUUUUCUUCCAUCCCCCUCACCGACCUGCGUCUCGGCCCGUACUCCUCACGGUGUCUACUGAGUGUUUUAAGUCAAUUUGUAGGUAGCAAAAACGAACGUCCGAAGGGCGCAGGCGCCCCUUUUCCCACGGUAGGGAACGUCCUCUUCGCCUUCCGCUCUGGCCUCUUUUGGACCCCGCGCUCGCCGUCGCUCCGGCGGAGGCGUUCCCAAGCGGAGGCGAUGGCGGCUGGAACGCCCGAUCCGCAGGCGCGAUUCGGUCAGUCCGUGAAGGGCCUGCUCACGGAGAAGGUGAACACCUGCGGCACUGACGUGAUCGCGCUCACCAAGCAGGUGCUGAAGGGCUCCCGCAGCUCCGAGCUGCUGGGUCAGGCGGCUCGCAACAUGGUCCUGCAGGAAGAUUCCAUCUUGCACUCAGAGGAUAGUUUGAGGAAAAUGGCCAUCAUCACCACACAUCUUCAGUACCAGCAAGAAGCUAUUCAAAAGAAGUAAGUAACCGCCAAGUGUUGAACAGUCCUCGGAACUGCAGGAGCAGCUGAAGCAUCUGUUGAAAUAGAAGAGGAGGAAGAGCUGUCUUACGCCACCACCAUGCCAGGUGUGUGUGAAUUCCCAUGUUCUUCCUCAAAAGCUCAAGAAGAUGCUUGUUUGUGAUGUACUGUUUCUCCUGAAGAGAAGCCAGGUGGUAGGUGGUGCAGUCUGGUCACCCUGGACUCUUGCUCAACCUUAAAGGGGUCCUGUCUCAUUUGAUGUUAAAGCAAGAUGAAAAGACACUCAGUCUUUCCCUUAGAACAUGUAAUAGGUCAAAAGCCCUGCUGUAUGAAUUGCUCCUUUAGCACAUACUGAGUUGUGUGUUACACUCAGAAAAUAAAGCUUUUAUUGUGAACAUA